ACAAGGUGAGUCAAAAGGCCCGUUUUAGAGAAAGCUCUCGCUCCAUCAAAGUCCCGUCUUUCCAUUGAGCGGCGGACCGUGACUUACCUGAAAUCAUCCCAAUCUAGAUCUCUUCAUUAUUCUCGCCGAUUUCAGUGAAGGUUCUCUUGCCGUUUAUCUGCUGUACGAAAAACAUAAGAUGGGUCGAAAAGCCGGUGGAGUAUACAUAAGUCCAAAGAAAUUUGGCAAUAUGACGAGGCCGUGCAUGCAGGAAAUGAUAACAUUUCUCAGCUGCUUGUCCCUCAACCAAAACAAAGAUGAUAAAUGUACUCGGCAAAAGGAACUGUUGAAUGCUUGUAUGGAUUCUCAGAGUUCCAAAAACAGAAAGAGUUGGGGAAGCAUCAAUUAUCAUCUGCAGAGGCUUAACAGGGGAAGGAAGUAGUUUGGGUUCUACAGAGAAGUUAUGUUCAUUCAUGUAUUGUGCUUCAUUUGAAUUACGCCUAUCAGCGGAGAAAGUUCAGUUUUAAGGCCAGUUUAUUAUAGAAUGUUUGGCUAAUGGAACAUUUUUGUCAGGGUUGAAAAUUUCCAUGCAUGAUAAGCUAAUGAUUCGAUCAUUUAGGAAUUACUCUGCUUUGGUGGGAUUCACUGCUGACCAGAAUGUAUUACUGGUGGAAAUCUGUGGACAUUUUCUGAAUCAAAUAUUUGUAGGGACAAAAUAAUGUUUUGCUUCCUGCAUUGUUGAAACUUUCGAAGUGAUCCGGCUGUUCUUGAUGUACGUACAAUCAAUGUAAAGCUAUUCUUGACAAAUAUUCUUGCGGUUUACAACUUGGUAGAGA